AUGCCGCAGAGACGUUCACAUUUUCCAGGCGCUUCGUCGAGCGCAACACCAUUAAAACAGAAGCGUGCACUGUCGCCCGCAGCAUCAUCAACGCCAGGGUCACGAAGAUCGAAGCGUGUCAAGUCCUCGCCAGUUGAUCCUACGACCAAAAUUACUGCCAAGAAAAGUCCAUAUUUUGAGCAUCCAACAUCAGAAUCAGAAUCUGAGUCGGUGGAAAACGAAGAAUCUGGCUACGAAGAUGAGGACGCAAGUGCAGCUUCUUCACCCCCUGAAAGCGAGAGCGAGGAAGAGGAAGGAAAUGAAGAGUACAAUUCCUCCGAAGAUGAAAAACCUGCCAAGAAGCCAGGGCGCAAAAUCAUAGUCAAAGGCAAAACGAAUGGCACCGUUGUUACAGGCAAAAAAGGCCAAGAGCUAUGGCGGCCCGGUGUGAAGGUCGACAUGGAAGCUGGGGAAGCAGUCUUCAUCCCUCUCCCGAAACCUCGAAGCCCUGGCAAUACUCCCUACGAAGAAUAUACGGUUCACCCGAACACACUACUCUUCAUGGGCGAUUUAGCAAAGAACAAUGAUCGCGAAUGGCUGAAGAUGCAUGAUGCAGACUAUAGACAAGCCAAGAAGGACUGGGACAGCUUUGUCGAAUCAUUGACGGAGAAAAUCAUCGAGAAUGACGAGACGAUACCAGAAUUACCACCCAAAGAUCUGACAUUCAGGAUCUACAGGGAUAUCAGAUUCUCCCCCGAUCCUACACCAUACAAAACACACUUCUCAGCCGCGUGGUCGAGGACGGGCAGGAAAGGCCCCUAUGCUGGAUAUUAUGUACAGAUCCAACCAAAGGGAAGCUUCGUGGGCGCUGGGGUGUGGCAUCCAGAGGCAGCGCCCUUAGCGCUGUUGAGAAGGAACGUCGAUAAGAAAAGUAGAUUGCUGAAGGAAGUGCUCAAGGAGGAGAGAAUGCGGAAGGAGUUCCUGAAGGGCGCUAAGAAGGAUGACAAGGAGGUCGUGAAGAAGUUCGUAGAGAUCAAUGGAGAAAGUGCGCUGAAGACUAAACCAAGGGACUACAGUGCCGAUCACCCAGAAAUUGCGCUACUAAGGUUGAGGAAUUACACGAUUGGUAAGAAAUUGAAGGACGAAGAAGUGCUUGGGAAAGAUGGGCUGAGUAGGAUCGCGGACUUGCUUGGUGUUUUGACGCCAUUUGUAACAUACCUUAAUAGCGUUGUGAUGCCAGAUGAAGCCCCGAGUUCCGAUGACGACGACGAUGACGAAGACGAGGCGAAUGGCGUUGAGGAAGAAGACGAUAACGAGGACGACGAGAAUGAGGAGUGA